AGCCGUCAAAUGACAAAUGAAAAUAAAAAAAAUAUUGUAGUCUGUAUUGUCUAAUUUUGUAUUGUGAUAAAAGGAAAACGCUGAAAAUUAUUAUUUUUAAUGAUUUCAUUGAUAUCAUGAUAAGUGUGUUAAAUAAUUAAAACGAUAACGAUGGCUUUUUUGGAGUGGAGGAAAUUUUCAUUUUUCGACAUUCAUAGGAACGUCGACAACGGGAAGGUGGCUGAGUGCUUGCAAGACACGCAUGUAACAGCAACAACAAGCGGUAACGGUCAUGUCGUCCUGUGUGAUGUUACGGGCUGGGCCCAUCUCAUCUCUCGCUCAUGGGAAGUCACCUCGUUCAAAGCUUAUGAGCUGACUGUCACUCUAGCUCAGCAAUUACCUCAUGAUCCUUAUCUCGUUACCAUAGGGGAUGAUGAGGCUGGAGUGCUACCACUGAUCAAAGUAUGGGACUGGUCGCGCAGGGACCGGCACGGGAACCCAACCUGCACGCGAGUGUCUCGGGCUGUACCGUCACACAUGAAGCCCACACCUGCCACGGCUCUUGCUGUCCAUGAAAACAAGAAUCUACUAGCAGUUGGUUUCCUGGACGGGUCAGUAUCGCUGUUCCGCGGCGACAUUGCCCGGCAACGCAGCGGUAAAAUGAGGACUUUGCCUGACUCGGGCACUAGUCCCAUCACAGCACUCGCGUUUAAAGGCGCGGACAAGUUGUACGUGGUGUCCCGCGCGGCGGUGUGCGUGGUGUGGCUGGGCGUGGAGCGCUGCGUCACGCUGGACUGCAUGGGCGCCGCGCCCGCAUGCGCCGUGCUCGCCGACAACCAGAGGCUCACCAUCGCCAACAAUGAGGCUCUAUACGUGUACACAACGGAAGGUCGAGGUCCCUGCUACGCCCUCGAAGGUGAAAAAGUCCGGCUCGACUGGUUCCGAAGCUAUCUAGUAAUCACCACGAACGAAAAGCCAAGCAAGUCCACAGCGUCUACGAGCACCGCCCCAGUCCCCAAGUCCCAUCAAAUCACCAUACUAGACAUACAAAACAAAUUCAUAGUCUUCUUAAAAACUUUCGAAGAAAUAGACGCUGUGCUAACAGAAUGGGGAUCGUUUUAUAUUCUCACGAAGAAUAAAGAAAUGAUUUAUUUAGAGGAGAAAGAUUUGCAGUCGAAACUUACGUUGUUGUUCAAAAAGAAUCUCUAUGAUGUUGCUAUUAGGAUUGCUAGUAGCCAGCAUUAUGACGAGGCUGGGCUCACUGAGAUCUACAAGCAGUAUGGUGAUCACUUGUAUAGUAAGGGAGAUUUAAAAGGCGCAAUAGAGCAAUACGUAAAAACUAUUGGCUGGUUGGAAACCUCGUACGUCAUCCGCAAGUACCUCGAGUCGCGACACCUGGAGCCCCUCGUACAGUACUUGGAAGAACUGCACAAGAAGAAGGGAUGCGCCACGGAAGACCACACCACCCUGCUCCUCACCUGUUACAUGAAGAUAGACCAGCACGACCACCAAGGGAAACUGAAGGAAUUCAUCAAUUCCAAGGAUAAAGCCAUCGAUUUUGAUGUCGAUGUUGCUAUUAAGGUAAUGCGUCAAGUGAGCGUGGACGACGCGUUGGCUCUAGCGGCGAACUACAAGCGGCACGACUGGUACCUGAAGAUGAUGUUAGAGGACAAGAAGGACUGCCGGCGGGCGCUGGACUACAUGGUCGAGCUGGAGUUUGAGGACGCAGACAUGUACAUGAAGAAGUACGGGCACCGGCUCAUACAGCAUGAGCCCGAGGAGAGCACCAAUUUUUUGAAAUUACUAUGCACAGACUACAAGCCCCGCAGUAAGCCGCUGGUGGACGAGGCUUCAUUGUCGGGCGGCGCAGUGAGGCCCCCGGCCUUCGCCCUCCCAGACGACUACAUACACAUGUUCCUCGCCAACUCGGAGCGCCUCAUCGACUUCCUCGAACACAUGAUCAAGACACAAGACGACUGUUCUAAGCUGGUCUACGAUGCCUUGAUCGAACAUUAUAUACAUGUUUGGGCAAAAUCUCCAGAGAGUGAGAAGAAGGAAUAUGAGGAGAAGAUACUGGGCGUGCUGAAGAACCCUGAAGCCAACUACGACAAGGACCAGACGCUCAUCAUAUGCCAGAUGCUCGGCUUCCAGGCCGGAGUGCUGUAUCUGUACGAGGAGAAUAAACUUUGGCGCGCGCAGGUGGCAGUGCACCUCCGCAGCGGCGACAGCGAAGCGGCGCUAGCAGUGUGCCGUCGUCGCGGCGCGCUGUGUCCCGCGCUGUGGCUGGACGUGCUGGCCGCCGCGCCGCCUGCAGCAGCGCUGCCCGAGCUGCUCAACGUCAUCGCCAACGAGAAGUUACUGUCCCCCAUUCUAGUCGUGGACUGUCUCGCUAACACGCCCACAUACACGCUGGGAGACGUCAGGAAGUACUUAACAGACGUGUUAAAAUCGGAGGCCGAGGUGAUAUCCCGCGAGCAGGAGUUGGCCUCCAAGUACCGGUCAGAGAGCUCGCGCAUGAAGGAGCAGGCGCGGGCCCUGCAGGAGCAGCCCGUGGUCCUGCAGGCCAGUCGCUGCGCCGUCUGCAACAAGCCCCUCGAACUGCCCACCAUGCACUUCUUGUGCCAACACUCUUUCCAUCAGAGUUGCUUCACGACUUACGCGGAGUCGGAGAGCGAGUGCCUGGUGUGUGCGUCGGGCAGACGUCGGUCCGACGCCCAGCCACACGCCGCAGAGGCCUUGCAUGCACGGCUACAUAAUGAACACGACCCUUACGCAGUGGUAUCAGAGUACUACGGGCGUGGUUUGUUCAACAAGGUGACGGUGGUGACUGAGAAUGAGACGGUGGAGCCGCCUGCCCCGGCCGGCCCCGCCCAGCCGACCCCGCCUGCACCCACCCCGGCCCCCGCGGCCCAGCCGUACGGACCCGGCGCUGAAGCCAAGCUGAGGUUACAAGAAGGACAGAGCAAGCAAAUAUUCAUGCCAAAUACAACGAAGCAAGUGGCACCAAAAGGCACAACAGUAGUUCCAAUGCCAGAAGGUCGAAUGAGGGUCAUAGAGCAGCAACGCUACAGCUCGAGCCUAGAAGCAAGCUUGAACAAACUCGAGCCAGUGCACAAACCAUCCCCCUACUCCUCUCCCAUCUCAGCCAAGAAGAGAAUAGAAGAGAAUCAGAGAAGUUUAGGAGUUUCCCCUGUAGUACAGAAUAAUAUAUCUUCUGCCAUCAGCAAUGGAGCGGGGAAGAAUCCCUUCGAAGAAGAUACUUAUGAUGAAGCGAAGAAUCCAUUUGCAGAAGAAGCGACGGAACCAACAAAUCCCUUCAGCGAAGAUGAUGACUAUGACAGUAACUAUAAUCCCUUCUCAUGAAGCUUGGAAUGACGUCACACGGCCGUUACAAGCAAAAACACGAGGUCAGUCACGUUUACACGAAAUUCUACCUUAUAUCUCAUUAAAUAUGGUCGGGUUUUCAGUGGCAAUGUUAUUAUCUUGAUGAAUUGUAAUUUGAACUUUAGUACUUUGUAUUAAAGUUCGAAAUUUAGUUUUAAUACUCGCCUCGUGCCUCUGGAUUUCGUGUGGUUUCGUUCUAAGACGCGUUUGUGAAAGGACGUAUGAACGGUUAUUCUAAAAGCGUCUUUAUGAUGUAAGAGUAAGGUCGUUUUUCCAAAUACAAGUGUUACUUUUUACGUCUAGUUAACAAUAUAGCCCUUUUGUAAAGAAAUCAAGAACAUUGAAUCAGAAGAUUACUGGGCUAAUCAAUAAAUGGUCACUAAGAGGUGAUGUUAUAUAUACCUAGAAUAUGUUAUAGCAAUAUCCAAUGACAUUCUAAAUUAAUUACGCUUUACAUAGCAAUAUUUGUCAUAAUAUAUUUCCAAUUUUUCAACAGCUAGGUUCAACAGAUUUGUAUUGAUAUAUCGGCUAGAAAUUGUUUAAAUUAAAGCUUAUAAUUAUGCAAUUAUAGUUUAUACAUAUGUUUGCAAUGAAAGAAACGCUACAAGACUGCCAUGGAUUUUGUAUGAAUAAAAAACAGUUUAUAAAAUAUGUUAAACUAACUACUAACCAUGAAGCAAGUACAAAGAGGAGAUGCCAUAAUGUGUGUGCACUGUGACACGAAAAAUUGGCCCUGCCCAAUGAUAUUAUAAGUAAAAAGGUGUAGAUAGGUGAUAAGCGCUCAGAAAGUGGCACAUUAAAAUGUGGACAAUUGGCAACGUGUUUGUAGUAUGGGACCGUUAGAUGGAAAAUAAAGAGGGACGUGGUUUGUAACGUCCCGCGCUCCCCGUAAAGUGUCACGCAUUAUGUUAAAGGGAAAUUCAGUAAUGACAUCUCGUCUUUGUAUUUGCUUCAUGGAUAUUGCUUCAUACUAUCUAUACUGGAUCCGCUGAUAAGGACAAAAUUAAAUUGCUAAGUUGUUAGUUUCUGUAAUGGAUUUUCAUCCCUAUACUUCUUGUGAUAAAGUUGAAAACGCAUUAAUAAAUUUUCUGACUUAGCAGCCAAUUUCUAUCGUAUUGUUUGACGGGACUCUCAGCCCUGAAAAUAAUAAAAUAUUGAAAUCUAAACACGACACAACAUGCCUUUUUCUGAAACCUCAAAAAGCAGGAGUAGGAACGGAGUGGUUGGUAAGAGUCUGACACUUCUUCUCGCCUCGCUCAAGGUGGGAAAAGUUAUUGGAUGUUAAAACCUCUGAAUCGACAGAACUCCUCCUCAGAACUAAUAGUAAAAAACCAAUUUAAAUUCAUAAACUGUUUGAUUGAGAUCAUUAGUAACUAAUAUACAUUCAUUGUGUCGUGUUGUUUCAAUUUUAAUUAUUUUCACCAUAAACCAUCUUUUAUUUUCAUAUACACAGUCGUUAGUAUUUAUUUUAUAUAUUUUUUAUUAAGUAUUAGUUAAUCAAAGAACAAUAGCUCGUUAAAUAAAUUGUCAUAUAAUAUAAUUAUACGAAUAUAAUGUUGCUAUAUAAUAAACUAAUAUAUUUAUAAAAUCUCAUAGGUCUGAUAUGUUUAUUUUGUAAGUCGAGAAAAAAUAAUAAUCAAUCGAUUUUCCUAUAUGUAUAAUUAUUGCCAUUGUUUUGUUAUUUCAGUUAUACGAAUUCAUAUAACUGUAGUAGGAACUAGUCAUAUUGCAAGAAAUAUUAUAUUCUAUUCGAGAUCGGAGUAUGUAAUGCUUGUUUAUUGUUAACCGACUUGGAAGAAAAGAGGGGGUUCUAAAUUCGACUGCUGUAAGUAUACUAACCGGCCUAUCUGGUAGUCAUUGAAGGGGGGGGGGGGGAAGCGGUAUGUUCAGCAGUGGCUGAUAUAAAGAUGAUGUUGAUGAUGAAGCAAGGGGUCGUUUCCUAAGGCGGACAAAGCAUUAUUGAGCGUUUCUGUUUUUUAAUUCAAUUAUUUAAAAUCAUGAAAUUUUAACCUCGCCCGCGUUUUCGUGGGAAAGAAAGUAUCCUAUCACUCAAGUCAGCUCAUACCCUGUCUGUAUACCAAAUUUCAUUAAAAUCCGUUCAGUAGUUUCAGCGUGAUUGACGGACAAUGAAACUUUCACAUUUAUAAUAUUAGUGUGAUUACUUAUUCCGAUCUUCUAUUCACAAAACAUACUAUAUAGCUAGCGUCUCAAAACGUAUUCUUGUUUAAAACAUUCCUCAUUUAGAACUCACUGUAUAAUAUAUAAUUAUAAAUAAUAAAUAUACUAUAGAAGCUAUGUAAUGUAUCGUUUUGUAAGCUGUAUCCAAUCUGUAUCAUAAAUAUGUGAUAAUAAAUAUUUAAUAUAAGUUA